AUGAUCAUUUCAUGGAACGUGAUGGGGCUAAAUAAAGCGGGCAAGGUUAGAGAGAUUAGCUCCAGUCUUCGAAACCUUGACCCUGCAAUAACUGUAUUAAUUGAGACUAGAGUGAAAAAGCAAAAAGUUGUGGGAAUUAGAAAGAAAUUAAAGAUGCGUGGUAGUUACAUGGAUAAUUAUGCUCAACAUGAUAAUGGCCGAAUUUGGAUCCACUGGGAUGACAACAGCAGACAGGUUGAAUUUGUUGCAAGCACGGAUCAAAUGAUUCACUGUAAGGUGAAUGAUGCUAAUGAUAAUUUCAUGUUCUGGAUGACGGCAAUAUACGCGCAAAAUCAACUGCAUCAUAGAAAGAAGUUAUGGCAAGACAUUGAGAAAAUCUGUGCAAACCAGACUGGGCCUUGGAUGUUGAUCGGUGACUUCAACAAUGUUAUGAAGAUCGAAGAUCGGAUUGGCGGGAAUGAGGUGACAGAGAACGAAUACAAGGAUCUUAUUGAGAUGAUGAGCAAGACUGAAUUGUAUGCACUAGAUCAUCAAGGUGAUUAUUUCACCUGGUCCAACAAACAGGAACACAAUGCAAUUUAUUCGAGGAUUGACCAUAUGUUGGGAAACGCGGAUUGGAUGCAACAAAAUGAUAAUACGACUCUAACUCAUGAGAACCCCAACAUCUCCGAUCACUCCAUGCUGAUACUGAAUGACAACAUGCCGAAAACUAGAGCAAACAGAGUUUUUAAAUUCAUAAAUUGCAGCACGGACUUGGAUCAUUUUUGGGACACUGUCAGUGAUAGUUGGAAUAUGCCAAUGGAAGGUAGUCUAAUGUUUAUUGUUUGGAGGAAAUUAUUGAGGUUGCAACCACAUAUAAAGUCACUUAGUAAACCUUUGGCUGAUGUUACUAACAAAAUUCUGCAGACCCGUGAGAAGCUAACAGUAGCCCAGACUGAUCUUGCGCAUAGCAGGCUAAAUGGCAACAAAAUUCGACAGGUUAAGGAAUAUACUGCAGAACUUUUGGAUUGGCAGGAAAAGGAAGAGAGUAUGCUGAAACAGAGGGUGAAAAUUGAAUGGUUACGUCACUGUGAUGGUAACAACAAAUAUUUUCAUGCCUCAAUUAGAAUGAGACAACAAUUCAAAACCAUGAAGAAAAUUCAAAUGGAGGAUGGUUCUUAUGCUACAGAUCAAAAAGGACUGGAAAAUGCAGUGCUAGAGUUCUACACUAAACUCAUGGGGACACGUUCCAACGACCUUGAAGCUAUUGACACUAGUGCAAUGCGUGCGGGCAGCCAGCUGACUGAAAACCAGAGAACAAUGCUCAGUGAACCGGUUACAGAAAAAGAGAUCAAGGAUGCGCUAGAUGGUAUAGGAAAUGACAAGGCGCCGGGUCUAGAUGGCUUUGGAGCCUAUUUUUUCAAACAGGCAUGGCAGAUAGUGAAGGCAGAUGUUAUAACAACAAUUAAUGAUUUUUUUUAA